UAUCGAAAUGUUAUUUAAAAUAGUUGUCAUUGUAUGGAUCUUUUUAUGCCUUUUAGUUACUGAGAGUGAUACACUGGAAGUAGCAAGACACAAACCAACCAAGCAGUCAACCAAUUGGAGCGAAACCUCCGGACUAUCUGGAAAUGCUGUAGAUGGAGAAUAUACACAACACAUGACAUUAUCAGAGCAGUUUUGUACUCAUACUCACCUGGAAGAUAAAUCAUCAUGGUGGGCAGUGGAUCUGGGUGCUAUUUAUGACAUCACCAACGUGAUUAUUUAUGGAAGAAAUGACUAUGCUCCGGCUGUUGAGAGACUUUCGAAUUUCGACAUCGAGGUGAUUAAACCGUGCAGAAACAGAACUUAUUGGUUUGAGGACGGUACCAUCCAAUUGUGUUAUCAUCAGCAAGCACCAAUUACAUUUUUAAAUGCUUCAUGUAAUUACAAGAUGAUUGGACAGUAUGUUCGCAUACGGCUCAAUGAUCCAAAUCCAUUAACACUAUGUGAAGUUGAAGUGCAUGGAACAUUUAUUCGUUAUCUGCGUUCAGUAACUGUUCCGUAUACCUGCGGAUUCCAAGGCCAAAGUUAUGCAGGACAUAAUGUGACCCUAAGCAGCGCCAUUGUGAAAAGUGGCAUUUACUGUACCUAUAUGUGUGCCUUCAUGAGAGAAUGUUAUGUUGCAGACUUCAACAAGAAGACCUCAAAUUGCACCUUAAUGGAAAAGAAAACUGGAUCCAAUGUCGUGGCUGAUUCUGAUCACGACGUUUUUUUCAUCAAUUAA